AUGUCUAUAGAAGAUUUUAUUAUAAAAGAAGAUUAUACUAAAAGGGAAGAAGAAGCUAAACAUACAACAAACUUAACUGAAGAUUUUAUUAAAGAACUACUAAAUAAUAAAAAUAAGUUUACUUUCCAAAAUGACCCAACAUACAAUAUAAAUGAACCACUUUACAAUAACACAUCAUUUAAUUCAAGUACAGCAAGUUUAUCAUCAUUAAAUCAACAAGUAGAUACUAAUAACUUUACAAAAAGUAAAGAAGAUAAGAUAAGAAACAUAAUUUACAAUGCAGAAGAAGAUGAUCUCAAUAGCAUAUACAAGUAUUUAAAUCCAAAGCAAGUAAAAUACAUAAGAUUAAGAAAAGCAAGAAGAGAAUUUCUUAACAAAUUAACAGAAUAUAAAAAUAAAACUUAUUUACAUGAAAGUCGACAUAAACAUGCAGUAAGUAGAUUGAGAGCAUCAACAGGUAGAUUUAUGACAAAAGAAGAAAUGAGAGAACAUUUAGAAAAUAAAAAGAAAUAA